AUGAAAGCGGUCAUCACAAAUCGAUUCUUGCCUAAACGUUUACUGAGUCUCGCUCUCGGUAGUCCGCUUGGGCAGGGUGCAAAUGUCCAGGAUGUCCCGAUCCCAAGCAUUACCGAUAAUGAGGUCUUGGUUAAGGUGCGUGCUGUCGCGCUGAAUCCGAUCGACUACAAGGACAUUGAUUCCUUUUCACCCCGCAACUCUGUUAUUGGUUGUGACUAUGCGGGGGAGGUGACUCGCGUCGGCAAGGAAUCAGGGCAGCGCUGGAAGGUUGGAGACAGAAUCGCUGGCUUUGUUCACGGUGGCUUAUAUUCCGAUGUUGGCUCAUUCGCAGAGUACCUUAAAGUCGAUGGGGACUUGGCCUGGAAGGUGCCUGACCAAAUGACCCUAAGCGAAGCCACCACCUACGGUCUUUCGGCAGCCACUGCGUUGCUGAGUCUUUCGUACCUUGACAUCCCAUGGGCGGAUAUUGAGAAUGGACGAAGCGCUCAAGGUGACCAACAGACCAUUCUCAUCUAUUCGGGGGCCUCGAACGUUGGUCUCUACGCUAUUCAAUUAGCCAAGAGAGCAGGAUACAGGGUUGUGGCAACGGCUUCGCCACGUUCCUUUGACCUCGCAAAGCGUUAUGGUGCAGAUGAGGUAUAUGACUACCGGACCUCUGCAUCCAUUGGCGAAAUCAAGGAGGCCUACCCAAACAUCACGAAAGCUCUAGACUGCUUUUCCGAAGGCAAUUCGACCACCUUCUGUGCUGAUGUGUUGCGGGAGGGCAAAGUGGUCACACUGCUUGACCAAGGAAAGCCGAAGAAGGCAAACGUGACCUAUACUUUCCUCAUGGUUUACACCGUAUUCGGUCGUAAGUUCCAGCUGUUGGCGCCCCUUGGCCCCGUGUUCCCGGUGAUGUCGGCGGACCGCGAGCUCAUCCGCAAUUUUUAUGGUAACUUGUCCACCUUGAGCCUUGACGUUGUCAGACCUCCACCCAUCACAACGAUCAAGGGCGGAUUCAAAGAGAUCUUUGAAAGUCUAGCGACACUUCGCAAGGGAGAAGGUCGCGGCACAAAGCUUGUCGUUGAGUUUCAGUGA